CCGGUCUUUCCAAUGUUAUGGCUACUUCUAUGAAUAGACACACGUCUCCCUCCCACAACUGCGAUGCAAAACAUUUCAGUGUAACCGGCUGAUCGUUCAACUAUGAUGAAUUACAUGUGAUUUUAUCAACGAAGACAAAGACUGACUUUCAAGAAUGGGUACGUGCUGUAGUACCGGUGCUGUUCAAGAAAACUACCUCUCUAUCCCUAUGUCGACAGGGGUACAAGGGAAGGCCGGCGGAGCGGUGACGGAUCUGGAGACGUUGUUCAAAUCCUGGGCUUGGGAAAACUACCUGAGAAGUGCAAAGGGGAAGAAACUCAAAUUUCGAGAAGCUCAGAUACAGCUUGUCUGGGAUCAUGUCAAGUGCAAGUCAGACAAGCCUGUAUACACACAACUGGAGACUCCGAUCCCCGGGACCAGCGCGGGCGUUCCCUCGACCGAGACCCAGGUAGUCUUCACAUCACGGUAUCAGAACGAUACUGCAGUCGCACAGACGCAUGCCUUCAGAGCUGAGAAGACGACGAACGCUACCAUUACAACAACCAUUACGAAAGGGUUCGCUAAGGAAGGAAGCUUUGGGCUGGAGUUGUCCCUACCCGCUGACGUCGCCAAGGCAACGAUUGGGUUUGGUCUCAACUACACUGUUGAAACUGCCGAGGAGCAUACCAUCGCAAAGUCAAUGACGUGGGCCACAGAUACAACAGUGACGUCAGAACCGAAGUCAGUCACUCUGGCAGAGCUUGAGAUUGAGGAACAAGCUUCCAGCUGGACAUUCGAGGUCAAGGUCACCAUCAAAGGGCGGAUAACUGCAGUUAUCAAAGGUACCAAGGGCAUGACAUCUGUUGCCAUGACGAUUGAUGGAGAUGUCGCAACUAUCCUUGAAGAUCGUCGAGCAGGAACUGCAUCGUCUGUACCCAAGGAUGUUGAGAUUAAACAUGGCAAGGUCACUUGGCCGGUAACGGGCAAAUGUGACUUCCGGUUCGGCGUGUCCCAGAAAGUGAAAGUCUCGCCUGCACAACCAAUAGAUAAGAAGUAGUAAUGAAAUUUAGAUUUUUUUUAAAUCCCCACACUGAUGCGUAAUACGUAAGAAGUUUCAAAUGGUAAUAGAGUUCCAAACCAUUCACUAGUGCUUUGUCCCAUGCUUGUCGACUAACGGGAUCGGGUGGUUAGGGUCGCUGACACGGUUGACGCAUGUCAUCGUGUCCCAAUUUCGUAGAUCGAUGCUCAAGAUGUCAGUUGAUUGUCUGGUCAAGGCAGACUGUCGUCAUCGAUGAUUUUAUCGGAUUUAAAAACAAAACCUAGGUUUAUGUUUCCAAGGUUUCCAAAAUUAAUUUUCGUAUUACCAUUCCGGUUCUAAAUGGCUUAGUUGCCAAAUUCGACCUUUCAAAUUGCUGCUUUGAAUAAAUAUCUAUGUUUCAUGAGGUCGAACUUUUUCGAAAGAAGUGCAGUUACGUCAACGAUCAUUUAAAGAGGUGUUUCGCAAAAUCCCUGAAAGUUCAUUCAGGUAGCUUGAACGUCGCCAUUAUAAACCGGAGACGUUUACAUCUCUUAUAAGUUCUUAAGAUGAGUUGAUUCAGAAAGCCGGAAACGGCGUCUGUUACCAUGGAAACAUGUGUACAUGUAUUUGUCGGCUGUGUCACUGUGGAUCAAAACAAAAUUCUCCUUUAUUGUCCAAAUUCAGUGUACAUGCUUGUUAUCAUUUCCCCUACAGUUCUAUGUUUACAACACUGGUAUGAUUCCAGUAUUGAAAACAGGCAGUACAUGAACGCCUGGUAAUAACUUUCUGUUUAAUCAACAAUAACAUUUAGCGUUGCAUCGGUAAUAUUACAGUAAUUUAUUAUUGUUGAUAAACCAAAUUUCUUUCAAAACGCACAUAGUAUAUGCUUACUUUUAAAAGCAAAGAAAUUAUUAUUCAACACGGAUAUGUUUGUAUUUUUAUCAUACCUUGUUUCACCAUUUUCAUGUAUUGAAGUAGAUGAGCAAUUACAUGUAUAUGGUGUGUGUGACAAUGUGGUUACAGAGCUUUUACUAGCGCUUCCGAUAAUAUUUUUCGCUUUGUAAUGUCAAUACAUGUACUUUUAUAAUUUUGUGCUUUAUAUUAUUCUGUUCUGACAAAUACCCUGGACCGAUGUCCGCCACAUAUCUGGAAAAAAAGGUUAACAAAUGGUACUUGAUGUUAACCUGCCUGGCACACGGCAUAAGGUGAUAAAACGGCCGGUCAGCUCGUAGUCAGUAUAAUGUGUGUCAGAGUAGGGUAUACAUGUAUAAAUGCCACGUGGUGUCCCACUCAGCUGGAUCUAUGACAGUCAAUUUACCUGGACUAGUACACGCAUGUACACCGUAAUGUUAAUCUUUAGCUUCAUCUUCUUCCUGUCCAUUUGCAGCAACUCUUAACAUACAGAUUUAAUAAAAACAAACACUUUU